CUCACUCACACUCGCAUCUGUUCACACCCUCAACAUAACGCUGCAUCCAAUCGAAAGACAUCUACCAGCCUUACCAGCACCACCACGAAAAGUUCACCAUGGCAGGCCCAACCGCGCCCGUCCAAACUUCGCGACGCCGUCCUGCGCCAACCGGCGACGAAGAAGCCACCGCGCGUCUCAAACUCGGCAAUAUGACCCACGAACAAGCACUCUCACCCGCCGAAGUCACCAUGAUGCUCGAAAGAAUCGCAGAGGUUGCCGACUUUCGCAACACCACCGAAAUUUACUACAAAACCAAAGAGUACUGCAAAACCUUCAGCCGCUUUAAGGACGCGAAUGCCGUCACACAGGUCAACCAGAUCAGUAGUGGCUUGACUGCGAGAGGCUAUGGUAUUGUGGAGUUUGAGAGGGCGCAAAUAGCCACGCUAUGCUGUGACUCGGCUGAAGAAGCUCGCACGCUCAUUCCUUCGCUCGAGGGGAAAAUUAGCGACGAUGAGCUUCAGGCUGUCUUGGAUGAGAUCUCGAAGUUGCGGGAUUUCUCGUGAGGAUGCCUCAUGACUUUUGUGUUUGGUGGUUCAGAUUGCAGUUGCAUCUCAUUAGCGUGGAGUUGGCUGGCGGAAUUGGGCAGGGAUUGCGAUGACACACACGUAACAGGACGAGACACCAUGGGACCCGUUCAGGCAUCACCCAAUGGAUCGAUAACACCGUCGAGUGUUUAACGUGGUGCUCAAGGCCGGAAGUGCCUGUGAGAACCACUUGGAAGCCACCUGGUAGUAGGUAUAUACCGAUGGAACUGUCAUUGUCGUAAGCGGAGACGUGCCCAGUGGUGUUUAUCACGGAGAACAGUCACCAGAAUCAGGCAGCUUGUCAUAGUACUUGAUCCGCUCGCCCCUAAAUGUGUUGAGCGAAGUGAUUCGAAUUUAUUGG